AUGGAUUAUGAUGGUGGAUUUCAUGAGGUCGAAAAAGAUGGUAAACUAUUCCUGGUAUACUACCACCCAAAAUACCAACCUAUACCACAAAUUGAAAGUCCAUCCUCAUCUAUUGAAGUAGCCAACUACGAUCACCCUCCUCAACCUCUUUUCUUAUGCCCUUCGGUACGGCGGCGAAAAGACUGUUCUAGUGAUUUCAGUCCUUUCUUGAUCAAGUCUUCUCCUGACUCUGUCCUCUCUAGUAACGUUGAUGAUCAUCAUACGCAACUUUGUAGUUCACAGAGGAUGUGUAGAGUCUCCACACACCAUCAAGGAUGUGUAGAGUCUCCACACACCAUCAGGAUAUCACGUCACCACCAUCGUAUCUCCCGUGUUUCUUAUCUUCGAUAUGAAAAGUGGCCAUGUGGAGUUUGCCGUCAAAGUAUUGACGGUAAUUAUGGUGCAUAUACAUGUAAGGAAUGUGGUGACUACUAUGCUGUUCACUCGAAAUGCGCUCUAGGAAAAGAUGUGUGGGAUGGAGAAGAACUCAAAGGUGUACCCGAAAAAGAUGACAUAGCACAAGAUGCACCACCGUUCUGCGAAAUAUCUGAAGGAGUGGUCCGUUAUUUUCUUCAUGACCAUCAUCUGCGACUUGAGAAAAACAUACUCUAUGAUGAAAACAAGUUAUGUGAAGCGUGUGUCAUGCCUAUCUUUGAAGAUGAAUUCUAUUCAUGUGCGGAGUGUGACUUCAUCCUCCAUGAAACAUGCCUAAAAUCUCAUCGCAGAAUACAACAUGCGUUACAUCCUCAUCCACUUACAUUGAAGGCUAACAACAAGUAUGUUUCACUGUACUCCUGGGGGUGCAGAGCUUGUUUUCGUAAAUGUGGUGACUUCGUUUAUGAGUGUCCGAAACAGGAAUGUAAAUUCAAUCUCGACUUGAGGUGUGCUUUAAUUUCAGAGCCGUUUGAUUACCAAGGUCAUGAGCAUCCCUUGUUCCUAUCUUUACACUCAAAAGAAGAUGAAUUUUGCGAGGUAUGCUGUAUGUGGAGCAAAUAUAGACUUAGUCAGUUAAAUUGCAUAAAAUGUACUUUUAGUGUGUGUAUGAGGUGUGCCACCUUACCAUACAAAGUAAGAUAUAAGAACGACAAACAUUUUCUCACAUUUUCAUGGGGGAAAGAGAGGUGUACCGAGAAAUAUUGGUGCGAAGAGUGCGAAGAUAUAGUCGACAAAAUUUUUUAUUGGUGCAAUGAUUGCUGCACCAUCCUUCAUACUGACUGCUUAUUCAGCCAAGAUCCAUAUCUGAAACCUGGCCAAGUUCUCAUAGGACGCGGGAAGGAGUUUCAAAUUCUUGCCAAAAGUAAUACUUCUCGGCCAAUUUGCCAUUACUGUAAGAAGCACUGUCAAGGAAAAAGAUUUGCAAGAGAUAACCUGACAGCGUGUUCAAAAGAUUGUGCGCGUGACAUUAUUUUACUAAAGCUUUGA